GCAGGAACAAAGGUACUCGAGUUUCGGUAGAUUUGGCUUUCAUGGUCUAGCAUCAGGUCAAAUACCGUUAAUAGUCCCGUACUGUUCUUGCUAUUCCUGCCUUGGUAGUUUAUUUUGAGCCUCUGCAUUCCUACGGCCGAAUAGUACUACCGGUAGUCUAAUUAGCCCAACAACUCCUUUACCACGCCCGGACCGGCUGCAAUACAGGCACAAUCACAGAUUCCUUUCCCAUUCCUCCUUGGUGUGGGCAAACAACGGCGUACGGAAAUAGCACUCUUGAGACCUCACUAUGCAAUCAGGCAUUACUGCAACCCAGGAGCUUCUGGAUGUUUUUCAAGCUGCUGUCUCUGAUCCUAGCGUGCGUGGCCUGAUAGUAGGAAUCGAAAACGAAGCUCUUGUGUCUAAAGAAACUCUCCCCUCCGCAGGCUCUUUCGAUGAGGACCUCAGCCAAUUGGAUGGACACUUGAAGGACAACCAGCCAGCCUAUAUUAUUCUACGAAGGCGUGAUCUGGGUUCACUUGUUGCUCCAUUUAUCUGCAUUGCUUAUGUUCCCGACAUAGCAAAUGUGAGGCAGAAGAUGCUAUUUGCGUCCACUCGCAAUACUCUUCUCAGGGACCUUGGGUCGGACAGAUUUGAGGAGUCUAUAUUUGCUACUACGAAGGAGGAAUUAACGGCAGAAGGGUUUAAAAGGCAUGACGCUCACCUAGCAAAGCCGGCGCCACUUACUGAGGAGGAAAAAACCUUGAAAGAAGUGAAGGAGGCGGAGGCGGAAGCCUCGACUGGCGCAUCAACAAAGAAGGCCACUAGCAGGGGGGUACUGACGCCUGUGACCGAGGAGGCUCUUGAGGCUCUGAGAAACCUAAGGUCCGGGGGGUUUAUCAAUUUGGUGCAGCUAGCCGUAAAUAUCGAAAAGGAGCGGAUAGAGCUUGCUAGCGCGAGCACUGCUGCUAUUGGAGAUUUUACUAGGGUUAUUCCCGACGAUACCCCGCGGUAUUCUUUUUUUAUAUUCAAUCGCACGUCUUUCUUCUUUCUUGUAUUUAUCUACACUUGCCCACCCCAGAGUAAGAUCAGGGAGAGAAUGAUCUACGCUGCUUCUCGUGGAAGUGUAGUGGCUUCGGCUGAGGCGGAUGCUGGGCUUCAGAUCGCUAGAAGGUUGGAGGCUUCAUCUGCCAGUGACGUUAGUGAAUUGCAGCUCCUCGAGGAGUUUCAUCCCAAAAAGGAAGAGAAAGAGUCUUUCUCGAGGCCAAAGAGGCCUGGGCGGAGAUAG